AUGGAUUACAAUUCUAUUGUUUUUCGAGAAUUCGAUUACGAGUCAAUAAAAAAAAUCGAAAAAUAUCGUCAAGAAAAAGCUGAACGAAUAGUUUCUGAUAAAUUACAACGUCAAAUUGAAGAAGAAGAAAUGAAAGGUACAAAAUAUCCCGUAGCAAUAGUAAAAUCAUCACCCUCAUCAUCAAAUAUAAACAAUGAUCUAUCAAAAAAACCAAAUAAAGAAUUAGCUGUAGGUAAAACAUUACCACGAACAUUACAAACAAAAUUUCCAGCUGAUCUUAUUGGAAAACCUAUUGAAGAAAUUGAUUGGCAUUAUCGAACAGAAUAUGUAUUUGUUGUUGUCAAUCGAAAUAAAACAAUAUUUCGUUUUAGUUCAUCAAAUGCAUUGUUUAUAUUUUCACCAUUUAAUAGAAUAAGACGAAUUGCUAUUAGAAUAUUAACACAUUCAUUAUUUAGUACAUUUGUGAUAUUAACGAUUUUAGCUAAUUGUCUUCUUAUGACACGAAAAAGUGCACCAGAAACAUAUGAGUAUAUGUUCACAAUCAUUUAUACAAUAGAAGCAUUAACAAAAUGUAUUGCCAGAGGUUUUAUAAUAAAAAAAUUUACAUUUUUACGUGAUCCAUGGAAUUGGUUGGACUUUAUUGUUAUAACUCUAGCAUACAUCACUUUUUUCGUCAAUUUGGGAAAUGUUUCUGUUUUGCGUACAUUUCGUGUUUUAAGAGCAUUAAAAACUGUUGCAGUUGUUCCAGGUCUUAAAACAAUUGUUGAUGCUCUUAUACAGUCGCUAAUUUGUUUGCGCGAUGUGGCAGUUUUAUCGAGUUUUAUAUUAUCAAUAUUUGCCUUGAUUGGCUUGCAACUUUAUAUGGGAGUUUUAAGACAGAAGUGUGUACCAUCAAUUGACUAUUUUCGAAAUAACACAAAUUAUACACAGGUCACAUAUGACUGGUAUUUGACUGAAAUUAAUAAGCCAGAACAUUGGUUUCAAGAAGAGGAGGAGUUUGUGUUGUGCGGGAACAGCAGUGGAGGCAGUCCAAACUUUGGCUAUACCAGUUUUGAUUCCUAUGGCUGGGCUAUGCUGAGUUGUUUUAGAUUAAUGACACAAGAUUAUUGGGAAAAUUUAUAUCAGUUAGUAAGUCGAUUCAUGAGAGAAUCUUUUCAGGUAUUAACUGCAGCUGGUCGAUAUCAUUUUUUAUAUUUUGUGGCCGUCAUCUUUUUGGGUGCAUUUUAUUUGGUUAAUUUAAUUUUGGCUAUUGUAGCCAAUUCAUAUCAAGAUCAACAAAAAAAAGUUCGAGAAGAGGCAGAAGAAAAUGAACGACGAAAAGCUGAAGAUGAACGUGUUGAAAGUGAAGCUAUAAAACAAUCUGGAGUAGGAAUUAAUGACAAUGAUAUUGAUUAUGAUGAUCUUAUGUCAAAUAUUGAUAAAAAAUCAUUUUCAAAUCUUUCACAGUCUCGUUUAUCGUUUGAAUUAGAUAGUAUUGAAUCAACAAACAAUACAGUUAAAAAGACCAUGUACAGAGAGACACCGUCGUUUGCCCGCACUGAUAAUGAGUUACAAUGUGGUGAUUAUCAUAGUUUAGUCAAUUCAAAUCAAAAUUAUAGUGGUCCAAGUAGCUACAAAAAUCCAAUGAUUACCAUUUUUCCAUUUGCCGAUGAAACAAAACAAAAUUCUUCAAUCGGAGAAGAUUUAUAUGAUCAUAAUUAUCGACGAGAAAGUACUUAUACAUUAUCCAAACUUCCUGUAAAAGGAUUGUCUUCGAAUAGAUCUGAUGAUCAACAUCGAUACAACGAAUCGAAUAAAACGCUUCGUCGUACUCAUUCACGUUUAAAAUAUACACCAAUGGAUAAUGCUUACAAAGUUUCUAUGGAACAAUCAGUUUAUCGAGUACAGCCAAGUAUUGCCGAUAGUCAUCUUUCAAAAAAUAUUGACGAAUCGGCAAAUGUUUGCAAUCAUCCAUUAAUGAAACUAAUUCGAGGUUAUUGUUGUGACUGGACAUGUACUUGGCCUCUAUUAAAAAAAAUUCAGGCUAUAGUUGCAUUUUUUAUCUUGGAUGCAUUCGUUGAUCUUUUUAUAACAAUUUGCAUUGUAUGUAACACACUUUUCAUGGCACUUGAUCAUCCGACACAAAGUGAUAAAAUGGCAAAAAUAUUAGCAUCAGGAAAUUAUUUUUUCACUGGUGUAUUUACAGCUGAAGCUGUUUUAAAAAUUAUUGCAAUGACACCAGGUCGAUUUUGUAAAGAUGGAUGGAACGUAUUUGAUUUAAUUAUUGUUACAUUAAGUUUAGCCGAAUUAGGUCUAGCCAAUAUAAAAGGUCUUUCUGUGCUUCGAUCAUUUCGUCUGCUUCGAGUUUUUAAAUUGGCCAAAUCGUGGCCAACGUUAAAUCGUCUAAUGGCUAUUAUUGGAAAAACAAUUGGAGCAUUAGGUAAUUUGACAUUUGUAUUAAUUAUUAUUAUAUUCAUAUUUGCUGUUAUGGGUAUGCAACUUUUUGGUCAAAAAUAUAAUGAAAAAUAUGCAUCAGAUAUGCCUCGAUGGAAUUUUACUGAUUUUUUUCACUCAUUUAUGAUUGUUUUUCGUGUUUUGUGUGGAGAAUGGAUUGAAUCUAUGUGGGAUUGUAUGAGAGCUGCUGAUUGGCCAUGCAUCCCAUUUUUUCUGUUAACAAUGGUCAUUGGAAAUCUUGUGGUGCUCAAUCUUUUUCUUGCAUUGUUGUUAUCAUCAUUUGGCUCAAAUGUUUUUAAAGAAAAAGAAGAUGAAGAAAAUAAAAUUGGUGAAGCGAUUGAACGAAUUCAGAGAUGUUUUCGUGCUAUUGGACGUUUAUUUGUUAGAUUUUGUUGUGGAUGUCGACAACGAACGAAAGUUGUUGAAAGCACAACAGUGGAAACAAUUUAUAUUAAUCAAUCAUUAGCUGGUACUAACAAUGGUACUACUUCAACUGUCGGUUCAUUUCUAAUUAACCAUCAUAAUAACGAUACAACGGCUAGCAAUUUUGAAAUAAAAUCAAAUGGUUUAAUAAUUACAAAUGAAUCGGCUUUAGAUGAAAUUGAAAUGGUAUCAAUGAAUAAAUUAGAAGCAAAUCAUAAUUUAUCUAAUAUUCAGUCAGAUAUGCAAUUAUCACUACCACCACCGCCACUACCAACAACAUUUGAUGAAAUAGGACAACAAAAAUUCAUUACAGAACCACCAGCAUGUUUUCCAGCUUCUGUUUCAAAAUAUUUUCUAUGUUGUAAAAAAUAUAUUCAUCCAUCUAUAAGACGGACAUGGAGUAAAUUAAGAAGUAAAGCCCAUCGAUUAGUUGAACAUCGAUUUUUUGAAUGGUUAAUUAUUGGUACAAUUUUAACAAGUAGUACUACAUUGGCUCUUGAAGAUAUUAAUACUCGACAACAGCCAACAUUCUAUCUUAUAUUAACUAUCUUUGAUAAAACAUUUACAUUCAUAUUUACUGCUGAAUUAAUUUUAAAAUGGUUUGCUUAUGGAAUUAAAAAUUAUUUUACAAAUGGUUGGAAUUGGUUAGAUUUUAUCAUUGUUGUAGUAAGUGUUAUUGGUCUCGUUUUUGAUUGGUUGGGUGUUGCUGAUAUUCCCAUUUUCAAAUCAAUGAGAACAUUACGCGCAUUACGUCCAUUAAAAGCGUUAUCUCGAUUUGAAGGCAUUAGAGUGGUGGUUAAUGCACUAAUUGGAGCCAUUCCCUCUAUUUUUAAUGUACUUCUGGUUUGUCUUGUUUUCUGGCUUAUAUUUAGUAUAAUGGGUGUACAACUAUUUGGUGGUAAAUUUUAUAAAUGUGUUUAUAAUGAUACACAUGAUCGCGUUAAUCUAACCGAAAAUGUAUCGAAUAAAACUGAUUGUGCUCGUAAAAAGUUUACAUGGGAAAAUUCAAGAGUUAAUUUUGAUAAUGUUAUUCAAGGUUAUUUAGCUCUAUUACAAGUGGCCACGUUUAAAGGAUGGAUUGAAAUUAUGGCUGAUGCUGCUGAUGCUAAAGAAAUAGAUAUUCAACCUGAAAGUGAAUCAAAUAUUUAUUCAUUACUCUAUUUUGUUUUAUUUAUUAUAUUUGGUUCAUUUUUUACAUUAAAUUUAUUUAUUGGUGUUGUUAUUGAUAAUUUUAAUCAACAAAAAAGAAAAUUAGGUAGUGGUGGUUCAAUCGAAAUGUUUAUGACAGAAGAACAAAAAAAAUAUUAUAAUGCAAUGAAAAAAAUGGGCAAUAAAAAACCGACAAAAGCAUUACCAAGACCACGUUUUGCAGUAGCAAGAUUUUUUUUUGAUUUAACAACCAAUCAAAAAUUUGAUAUAUUUAUAAUGAUAUGUAUAUUUCUCAAUAUGAUUUGUAUGUGUGUUGAACAUCAUAAACAAACAAAAUUAGUAGAAAGUACCUUGGGAUAUAUUAAUAAUUUUUUUGUAGCCGUAUUUACUGCUGAAUGUGUUAUGAAAUUAUUGGCAUUACAUCACAAUUAUUUUACUAUACCAUGGAAUGUUUUUGAUUUUAUCAUUGUUAUUGCAUCAAUUGUCGGACAAGCUUUAGGAGAAAUAAUGGCAAAUUAUUUUGUUAAUCCAACAUUGUUACGUGUGGUGCGUGUUGCACGUGUGGGAAGAGUUUUAAGAUUGGUUAAAGGUGCAAAAGGUAUCCGUACAUUACUGUUUGCAUUAGCCGUUAGUAUGCCAGCAUUAUUCAAUAUUGGCUUAUUAUUAUUUUUGGUUAUGUUUAUUUAUUCAAUAUUUGGAAUGUCAUUUUUCGCUUAUGUAAGAAAAUCAGCAGGCAUUACUGAUCUAUUUAAUUUUGAAACAUUUCCAAAUUCAAUGAUAAUUUUAUUUCAAAUGUGUACAAGUGCUGGAUGGUCGGGUGUAUUGAAAGGAUUAACAAACGAUAAAGCACCGGAUUGUGAUAUUCAUAUGCCAUCACCAUCCCAUCGUGGAGAUUGUGGCAAUAUGGCGGUUGCAAUUCCAUUUCUUGUUUCAUAUUUAAUAAUUAGUUUCUUAGUUGUUGUUAAUAUGUAUAUAGCUGUGAUAUUAGAAAAUUUUAGUCAAGCUCAAGAAGAUGUUCAACAAGACGAUGAUUAUGACAUGUACUAUGAAAAAUGGCAAAAAUUAGAUCCCGUAGGCACUCAAUUUAUACGCUAUGAUCAAUUGUCCGAUUUUGUUGAUCAAUUAGAAGAACCAUUACGUAUACCAAAACCAAAUCAUUUAUUAUUGGUAGCUAUGGAUCUACCAAUAUGUGAAAAUGAUCGCGUUCAUUGUGUCGAUAUUCUCGAUGCAUUAACAAAAAACUUUCUCGGUACAUUAGAUACAAACAGUAGUUCAGGACCGACACCUAUUGACAUUAAAAAAGAUCGUCCAAAAGAUUAUAAUCCAUUGACAACAACGUUCAAACGUCAACGAGAACAAUAUUGUUCUCGAUUAGGUAUACGCGCAUUUCGUCGUAACGUUGAAAAAAAACGUCUCGAACGUGCACUACGUGGACCAAUUUUAGAACGUGCAACAAUCGAUGAGUUAUUACUUGAUCCUGAUUCUUCACCAUCAAUGACACUAACGCCUCCAAUAUUGUCAACUAAUAAUCAUCCAUUUAUUUGUUUUGAUGAAAAUCCACAGCAGACCAUGAAAAUGAUCGAUGAAAAUCAACAGCAACAACAACAACAACCAAACGAUAAUAAUCAAAAUCAAAAUCGAACAUCAUCGAUAUGUUCAUCUAUUAUAUCGUCUACAUCAUCAUUUACGUUUAGAACGCGUUCGUUAGAUAAUAAAAAGGAUCCGCUAUGA